AUGAGAGAAGAUAUCUAAAUACAUUCGGUAGACUGUUCUGAAUAUAUGUGUGUGAUAUGUCUUCAGGUUUUCUAUAAGCCAAUAAUAACAUAGUGUGGGCAUAAUUUUUGUGGCAAAUGUAUCAGUGAAUGGAUGCAGAAAAAAAAGCAAUGCCCUUAUUGCAGAAAAGAGUACUAGAACUACAACUUUUACUAAAAGGAUGAAGUCAUGACUUUAAAAUUAGAACACUUAGAGGUCUCUUGUUUAAAAUGCGAUAAAUGGUUUGGACAAUUAAAAGAUUUAAAAAGUCAUCGCUAAUCUCAAUGCACAUCACCAAAGCAGACAGACUAAUUGCAUGAAACCUUAGUUAUUCAAGACGAUCCUGAGGACCUUGUUUAAACAAUUUUCAACGAAAUUAAUUCAAUUAAAAAGUAAUAGAAUUAUAAUUCACUUUUGAACAUUGAAAAUGAGUAUAUGGAAUUACUGAAAGUUCAUCCUAACGAUUAGAUGAUAAGAAAAAAAAUAAAGAUUGAUUAUAAUGACGAUUAAAUACAAGAACAGCCUGAUGUUUUAGAAUUAGAGCAAGAAGAAAUUUGCAUUUUCAAACACUCAUAAAAAUAUAUAUUAAAGCAAUGUAAGAAAAGGCUUGAAUGUCAAAAUAAAUUUCUUAAAGAGAUAAUGGAAGGCUAAUAUAGAAUAGAAACAAAAGAAUUUUUUUAUUAAGUUCUUGGCUAUAGGAAUUAUAUAGUGUCUCACCACUAAUUCUAGUUGAUUUGA